AUGGGGGACGAGACGAAGCAAGUAACGCUGGCUGCCCUAAUGCAGGAAAGUCUCCAUCAAGCCGUCCAUGAAAAGGACCCCCCAACUGAGUGCCCAGGGAGGGAGAAAGAGAAAGAGGGACCCAGACUAAGGAUCCAAGAAAAGGUGACGAAAGCGGGUGUGGGCGGAAGAGAAGCAAGCGCAUGUGCUGCAGAAGCAAAGAAGAGACACAACACACACACACACACACACACACACACACCUAACCGCGCAGGCGGGUCGCGUGAGGACCAUGUACUAUGUAUGAGAUGUUAUGGCUACGAUGGUGGUGUGGUCCUGACGCGCCGAUGCAAGAGGUUGGGCGACCCAUGGCAUGAUUUUCCCCGGUACAUAGCACGUAUAGCUUAUUACAGGGGAAGCCCGGCCAACUAG